UGAUGACAUCCUCACCUACAAGCUCCAUUGGUGAAAAACUCACUUGUUGUUGAAUAUCUGCUUUUUCAGACUAAUAUCUAUUUAAUGAACAAGAUCUCUAUGGCGGGACCUGAAAUCUGAUAAUUUUGGAUACUUGAAGAGAUUUCAUAUUUCAAGAAGAAAAAAUGGGAUGUAACUGCAGCUCAGAUUAUACAGACGACGAAUGGAUCGAGAACUUGGAUGAAAUCUGUGAACACUGUAACUGUCCCAUACCUCCCCAGUCAUGUAAUCCAUACACAGAGCAGCUGAUUCCUUACCCAUCACAGCAUUCACCACCUACAUCUCCUCUACCAGACAACCUUGUGGUGGCCAUAUACAGCUAUGAACCCCACCAUGAUGGCGACCUGGGCUUUGAGAAGGGAGACAAACUCAAGAUCAUCAACAAGGAGGAUCCAGAGUGGUAUUUGGCAGAGUCCCUCAUCACAGGCCAGAGGGGCUACAUCCCAUACAACUUUGUUGCAAUGAACACAGUGGAGACUGAACCGUGGUUUUUUAAGAACAUUUCUAGAAAUGAUGCCAUGAGGCUCCUCCUUGCUCCUGGGAAUACGCAGGGCUCCUUCCUGAUUCGAGAGAGUGAGACAACCCCAGGGUCGUACUCCUUAUCCAUCAGGGAACUGGACCACAACACUGGUGAAGUAGUCAAGCACUACAGGAUCCGCAACUUGGACAGUGGUGGCUUCUACAUCACAGCCAAGAUAUCCUUUAACUCCCUGAAGGAGCUUGUCCAGCAUCAUUCACGUGAGGCAGAUGGUUUGUGCACAAAGCUGGUGAAGCCGUGUCAGUCGAGGACACCGCAGAAACCAUGGUGGCAGGAUGAGUGGGAGAUUCCCCGUGAGUCCCUGAAACUGGAGCGCAGGCUUGGAGCAGGCCAGUUUGGAGAAGUCUGGAUGGGUGUCUACAAUAAUGACAGGAAGGUGGCAAUAAAGAAUCUGAAAAUAGGGACGAUGUCGGUGGAAGCUUUCCUGGCAGAGGCCAACAUGAUGAAGAACUUGCAGCAUGCUCGUCUCGUCCGCCUCUUCGCUGUGGUUACCCAGGAACCGAUCUACAUUGUCACAGAGUACAUGGAAAAUGGUAGUCUGGUGGAUUACCUAAAAACAACGGAGGGGAGCAGUUUGCCCAUGAACACACUGAUCGACAUGGCAGCUCAGGUGGCAGACGGCAUGGCUUUCAUUGAGCAGAAAAAUUACAUUCACCGGGAUCUGAGAGCUGCCAAUAUUCUGGUAUCUCAUGAACUCAUCUGUAAGAUUGCUGACUUCGGACUCGCCAGACUCAUCGAGGACAAUGAAUACACAGCCAGAGAGGGUGCAAAGUUCCCCAUCAAGUGGACCGCCCCAGAGGCUAUUAACUAUGGCACCUUUUCCAUAAAGUCUGAUGUGUGGUCAUUUGGGAUCCUCCUGACGGAAAUAGUGACAUAUGGGCGCAUACCUUACCCUGGUAUGUCCAACCCAGAGGUGAUCCAGAACCUGGAGCGGGGCUACAGGAUGCCAAAGCCAGAAAACUGUCCUGAUGGGCUUUUUAAUGUCAUGGGUCUGUGCUGGAAUGAAAACCCAGAUGACAGGCCUACCUUCGAGUACCUGAGGAGCGUCCUGGAUGAUUUCUUCACUGCUACAGAGAGACAGUACCAGGAAUAGCCCUGAUGGCGCAGAAAGACAUUUACAGUACAUAUAUUCAAACUAAAGGCACGACCUGUGAAGGUGGAUGCAGGAUUUUGUUUUGUUUUUUGAAGAGUACAUGCUUUUAUAUCAAGAGCAUACUAACUGAGACCCCACCUCCCCCCACUUUGCUUCUGCAUCAAACUUGUUCUAAAGCAGCCACUUAGAUAUGAUACAAUCACAUGUGGAACUAUGAACCUCAACCUGAUGUCACAGUAUCAGCUGGAUUACUGCAGAGCCAACAGCAGAGAGGAGAGUGAUCACCGUGCUGCUUUGAAAAGUGUAACUGGGAGCUGUCUGAUAUAGCUAAUUAACCAGCUGCUCUCCUGGUGCUCAUUAUUAAGAUGUAAAUAUCUUCUGAAUGCUUCAACUGUGUUUUAUGGCUGCAGUUAAGUAAAUGUUUUCAUAAUAUUUUCCUUAACAAUAAAAUGCUUUGUAUGUAUUUUGUAUUGCUCUUACAAUAAAUCCAGGUAAAAGUUA